AUGGUCGCUAGCACUGAAAAUGUUGACACAAUGCCGGCGUCUCCCGAAGAUCACAUGUUCCGAUUGACCAAAGAAAGCUCGACCAGUGUGGCAGCUGCCUUUAAGAAUGAUGGUUUUGUUUUAUUACAGGAAGCCUUGGAUCCUAGUCUGUUGGAAGAUUGGAGAAACUUUGGAGAAGCCUACUUUAUCAAAUCCUUUCAGCUGCUGCACGAGAACGGACACACCAACGCACCGAUUCCCUACGAAAAGGAGUAUUUGAUGGGAUUGGGCGCCAAGAAUGGAUUCAAAGAGAUGGUCAUGCGAAGUCCUGGGCGAUACGAACUGAGUUUAUUGGACUGUCUAGAUCAGGUUCCUGAUAUUAAGAAGAUUGUGGGUGCGUUGGAACCACUUUUGCCCAAAUGCUUGGGCGGCGGUUACAAGAGUACGCUUCCGUUAAAGUUGUGCCAUUUAUCCAUCUUGGUAAGCACACCGGGAUCUACCGACCAAGGGUGGCAUGCCGAUGGAGGACACGCUAGUCUCCAGCAGCACUUGCCUUGUCACUGUGCCAAUGUCUUUGUUCCACUUCACGAUUUGCCUGAAGAGAUGGGUCCCACGGAAUUCCGACCAGAGUCACACUAUUUGACUCGGAAUCUAGCUCCAAUGAUGCUAGCGGCCAAAUGCCGUGGCACUCUGCGGGUUCCCGUCUGGCCAGCCCUGAACCUAGGGGAUGUCGUAUGUUUUGAUUAUCGUAUUUUGCACCGAGGCCGGGCCAACAAUUCGGAUCGGAAUCGGUUUGUCUUGGUCUUGACCUUUGCAGAACCAUGGUUUACAGAUGUCCUUAAUUUUCCAAAGAGGAGCAUGAAGACGCCCGCGGAAUAA